GCCAUUAUCGACCUCCUGGACGCGCGCACGACGCCCCGCGCAGCCAUGGUCCCCACGGGCUACGUGGCCAUCCGCCGCACCAGGAGGGCUGACGAUCUGAUCAUCACGCAGCCUUUUUCGCCCAUGCUUUUCCGCCAGGGGCAUCAGACGGGCCCAUGGCUCUUGCACUCCCUGACAGCCGGGGAGAUGACGACGGAGCAGGCGGAAGCCGGCUGGGCCAAGGCAGAGAAGGAAGCCGCGUCCAGGUCGUCCAAGAAGUUGGUGGACGUCACUUUCCAGUGCGCCGACUGCCACCAGCGGAAGAGAGCGGGCAACUUCCCAGGACGUGGCAUGAGAGCGAGCGACCCCGUGGAGCACGCCGUGGCAGUCCUGAGCCAGGGCGCGUGGAGGAGGUGCGCCCUCUGCGCGCAGAAGCGGACCUCUGCUGCGGGCGCGCCCGCCGCGGCUGCAGAGCCAUUCGCCGCGAAAGGCAGAGACGUGCUCGUCUGCAAUCGCUGCAAGGAGACUAAAUCGUUAAAGAACUUCAGACGCAGCGAGGUCAAUGACUUGACGGGAAGAGGGGCGCUGGACCUUGCCGUUUGCGUCGCUUGCACCCCUGAGAGGCAGCAUUUCAACAUUAUGUCGGAGGGCCGCCUUUUUAAGUGCCGCAUCUGCUCGCAGGAGAAGGCAGCGGAUCAGUUUGAUGCAGCCUUUUUUAAGAUGCACAAGAGCGUCAAAGACGCCGCGUGCACAGAAUGUCUCGACGAAAAAGGGAAGCCCCUCUGUCAGGGAGGCUGCGGAGCAAGGCCUCCAGACCGCUUGACGUACAGCGCCGGUUUUUGGUGCGAGUCUUGCAAAUUCCCGCCGUGCGCGAGAUGUGGCACGACUCCGCGGCCGAAGACGGCCAAGUACAGAGUGUGGAACAUGAAAGAGUGGACCUGCGCUCAGUGCCGGGAUCCGCGCGGGGGGCUGAAAUGCGCCCAGUGCUCGGCAGUGUUUAUGCGAGCAGCCGUGAAGAGUUCCCAGCGCGACAAAGCAGACAUGCUCUGCCCCGCUUGCAGGCGGGCAGAGUAG